GUACUGGUGACAGUGAUAAGCAAGCAUUGGAUGAGACAACACAAUUCCAUAUAUCGGGAAAACACAAAUUUGUCAAAUUUACAGAUUAUUUAGUUAGGGUAAAUAUGAAGAAAAAUAGUGGUGCGCGCGGUGGAGACACCAGUAUGAUCAGAUAUUCUGACAUUAAUUCGGAAAAAUCUAAAAGUGAAACCGUCGUAACAGAAAAAUCGCCAUUGUUAGAGAAUAUGGAAAGUUUAAGCAUUUCUUCGCCAGUGAAGAAAAUGGCACCGGAAGUGAAGACGACACAAGCAGACGAACAUUUAUGUGAUAAAGACACUAAGAUAAUACACGCAGAUGACACUUCGAAGGACGCUGGACACGCGGGAUCUCAAAACAAGCGUAGUAAUGGUGCUGACUUGAAUACAGAGACUAAUGAUAAGAAUAGCGCUGUAAUAUCUCAAGGUGCGAGACCUAAAUGUAAACAAACAAUAAGCUCUAUACCAGAAACUUCUGAUGAAAAUAAAGAGAAACAGACAGACGGCCGUAUCGACAUUGUUCGUAAGAUGAGCGAGCCGCGAUCCCUGAAUUUCAUUCCAUGGAGACCUAUAGGGACCUUUCAGAUGUUGAAGCAAAAGAAGUGCCAGAGACUUUACGCGGCAACCGGAAGACAAGACGAUCUAGCGUUGUUUUAUCACAACGGAGUUUUCUACGUCAUGGAGGCAUGGUGCACACACAUGGGAGGACCAUUGUUCGAGGGGGAUAUAGAAGAUUACAACGGAAAAUGUCACGUGAUGUGUCCAUGGCAUUCAUACAUGUUUGACCUUGAGACUGGCAGGAACGAAAUAGGACUACAGCAAAAGGUCCAUGAGCUGAAACUAGAAGGCGGAAAAAUUUACGUAAAAUAUCACACAGAAAUAUCAACGGAGUCGAGUAGAAAACCAUCCGUGGCUACAGGGCCCCGUAUAAUAAACAGACCACCGGAAGAUAAACAUGAAAAACUAAGAAAACAGUCUGUAUUGGACACUCCUCUUAAACUUGCCUGAUGUAACUGUUUUGUUAAAUGUUCUGUAAAUAGAUAUAUAUCUUUGUGUUUUGCAGUACCAUGUUUUGUUUCAUGAAACGAAAAAAAAGUAUUCAUCUAUCUAUACAUAUUUUUCUCAAGACGUUACGUACUUAGCCAAUGACAGCGACUUAUCUCAAGGUGACGUCUUGGUUAACGAUAUCAAUUCAUCUCACUGUGAUCAUGAUUACCAAAUUAAAUGUAUUAU